ACACAUUUCACACUCAAAAAGAAAACAAUUUAACAUGCUGUAUACAUUUUGAGGACACUUGCAGAAUAACUAAAGAAAUAAAAAUAAUAAAACCAUACACACGUUUGAAACACAACGAUCGAAAUUCAAAAGAACUUUGAGAUUGGUUAAAUGCAACUAUAUAUAUAUAUUUGGCUUUAAAGUGACAACGUUACUUUAAUGUUUGCUUCAAAUAGCAGGUUUCAUCUGAGUAAAUCGCCGAACUUAGGCAAAAUAAUUAUAAUCACAAAAUAACAAAUGCAUCCAAUUUUGCAAGGUGUAAACAAAAUCCAUAAACACGAAACAUGUGAACAAGACCUGCUGUGAUAGCAACACGAUAAUGUUACAUUUGUUAAAUGUAAGGUUUAAUUUUAGGCAUAUCACCACCAUAUCACCAUAAGCAUGCCCAUCUGUCAGCGUAAGUAAUUUCUUAAACAACAACCAAAGCACAGUUGUAACAGUACUCAUGCAAAAUGGCUAAUAUUAAUAUCUCCAGUCGCCAGCGAAUUAUUUACUCUAUUUAAGAGAGGUGGGAUUACAACAGUAUGGUAAUUUGCUAGGGGAAUGGGGGUGGCCAUGGGUGGAAUAUCCAUUUUUAUUGCAUCACCUGUCAGUAACGUCCAAUCAGCGUCGACUCUGGGGGCAUUAAUUGAUGAAGGUGUCUCCGGCCUUGCUCACUUCACACUGUCAUUUUAUUUGUGACUAAACCAGCAGCGGAAUAGCAGCUGCAUUUCAUUUCGGUCUGUAUGUCUCUCUCUCUAUCUCUCUCUCUCUCUCUCUCUGUCGCUCACUCCCUCUCUUUCUCCAUUUCCUACUCUCUUUUUAUCCUUCUCACUGGCAGUGCUGUUCACCUUCCUCUUUUCCUCAUGGCCAAAUGGGAAGGGAGCUGAAGGAGCGCAGGUAUACAGGAGCUCAGACAGCCUGUCGGCAACAUCACACACAUCACAUCGAUCAUGCAGAGCUCAGGUCAAUGGAUUGAUUGUUUGAAUUCAAACAGACCAUUUCAUUUUUAUUCAUCAAUUCAAAACUUUUUUUGUUCAUGACGCAGUGUGGACAUUGCACAGUCCACGCUGGAUUGGUCAGCAGCAUGUCUUGAAAUAAAGCAGCAGCAGUAAAGCUACUUUAAAGACAUCCGUCGCGCUAAAUGUUGGAAUUAUUACAAUGAAGAAAAUGGGGGAUUUGGAAUCCGGUUUUGAAGAAAUGCAGGGUGUAAGGCUUGGCUUUUUGGUUAUCAAAGGCAAACAAAUGUUUGCCCUUUCUCAAGUCUUCACCGACCUCUUGAAAAACAUCCCGCGGACUACUGUACACAAACGAAUGGACCAUUUAAACGUGAAGAAGCAUCACUGUGAUUUGGAGGAAUUGCGAAAGCUCAAAGCAAUAAAUUCUAUAGCUUUCCACGCAGCUAAAUGUACCUUGAUUUCAAGAGAGGACGUCGAGGCUCUGUAUUUUUCCUGUAAAACGGAACGCGUGUUGAAAUCAAACAAAAGAAGAGAAAAGACGAGAACUGCAACUGAAAAAGUGUGCGAAGACAAAAACAGCACAGCUGGCAGAAGCGACUUUUGGAGAGAAAAAGUUUGGUUAAGUUUGCAUAGCGUUCCACAGACUUUCUCAUUCAAAACUAAAGCUGUUCGACAGGACUCGGUCCCUCGCACUCACUCAAAUCUACCUCAAAUUUACAGUAAAUCCUUUGCCCGUGACUUUCAACCGAUCACCAAGUCGGCAUCUACACCCUUUAAAAACUAUGAAACAGCUCAAAUACCUGACAACUAUGUGGCUUUUAAUCAGAAACAUGCAUUUAUUCGGAGCGUUGUGAACCGACAGCCGCUGUUCUAUCAGUCCGCCAUUGCAACGCAGCCAAAGCACCAAGGCAACGCAGACCUACUUUACAAAAGGAAGAGGAAGCGCGAGAGCAGCGCGAGGCAGUUUUGGUCUAGGAGCAGACGCGACCAUCCGGUUCUGGUCGUUCCGAAGUGCUGUAAAGCAAAAGUUUCCAACGGAUCUCUAAGCCACUUUCACCACCUCGAGCAUGGAUUGUACGUCGACCCAAGGCUCACUGGACAUUUUCAGGAAAGCUGCAGCAGCGACACGGAGUCUAGUUCCAUCUCAGAACGGGUGAACAACGAUUCGGAUUUCGGAUCGAGUUUCUCUACCACCAGCAACUCCGCAACUUCAGAUGAGGAGGAGGAUGACUCCCUCUCGGAUUCUUCAGACUUCAGCACCGAUGAAGAGAGCUCCUCUCAGUCUGACUCGAGCUCUGUUUCCAGUCAAGUCUCAGUGCAGAGUAUUCGAUUCAGGCGCGCGCGCUUCUCAAGUCUCAACACAAAAGCACCUUUGGUCUUACAGCCUACUUUUCACUACAGGCCUAAUCUGCAAAACAUACACACUAACCAAGGAGGAACGACUUCUUUGGGUUAUGAAAGAACUGCCAAAACACCGAAAUCGGACUUUACGUCUUGCAGGGAUGGACGCAAGAACGGCGAUGCCGCAAACGUGCACGACUUCUGCCCGGUGGGGGACUGUUUCCCAGAUGUAGGAGAAAAUGAGGGCUCCGAAUCAGUGUCACGCCUUGAAUUUUCUAAUGAUCCAAAGACAACAGACUCUGUCGCUUGCUAUGUUAAAGACAUUUGCCUUACACCUAUUGCAAAUGGAAACAAGGCGUUUUCCCAACAAAGAAUACCAGGAUCUGCAAACAAAUGCUCACAAGGCUUGAUCUCAUACUGUGUUUCGGACAAAGAGAUAACGGGUUGUAAGUCUUCUGACAGCAGUUUUUCAUUAGCAGCAAAUUCCAAGAGGGAAGCAAAAACUUCACUCAAGCUGCCAUCACCUCUGAAACCUAUCAAAACAGAGGCCGAGGAGCCCAUCGCUACUUCAGGCUCCAACAACGAGGGCAACAGGGCAGUAAAAACGCCACCGUUUUUACUAAAUAAUGUGAAAAUUAAAGUCGAGGAUACCUUUGACGAAUAUGAAUAUGCAAAUCCAUCCCCGCAAUAUCAAUGUAAGGAUAACGAUGUUGAUGGCCAGGCCAUCAGUCAUAAUUUUUAUGAAACUGACCACUGCAAAGACACCAUUAUAGCCUCAGUGAGCUCUGUUCAAAAGCAAGAAUCAAGAAGCACUUUAAACACUCCUAGUUCCGAGGAAGGAGAAUGCAAAAAUGCUACAAGGGUCAGAAAGAACUACAGGGCAAUGCUUUUGGGUAAAAAUGCCGAAAGUGUCCGAACAUCAGCUAAAUCAAGUGAAAAAGUUGACAAGAGCCCCCGUUCUGCAGGAAAAUGUGCGAGCAGUGAGGGAUCAAAUGAAGACUUUGCUGGCGCGAGCAAACGCAAACGAGCGAGCGCCAAUGUAGCAUCUCUGAAAAAACCCUUCAGCUUCAUGGAGAAUUUUCCCUCUCCACCGUCACUUGUUGUUGGCAACGAUGGAGAUUUGAUUCCCGCUUACUCUUUGAACUCUUUUAGAAGUAAACAGCUGCCUCAUCGCUCUCACCCAGUGUGGAGAUGGCAGCCCGGCCAUUCCGUUGUUCCUCCCCCUCCAAGCCACAAAUUCAGGAAAGCCUCUGUUAUCCCUUGAACUGUUCUUUUGAGCUCGAGGGAAAUAUCUUAAAACUGUGACAAGCACUGAUACCCGUUAGUUGUGUUGUUUCCACUGCUGGCCUGUUUGUUAUGUUGCAAAUAUUUUCCUCGCACAGGCUGGUCUAUCCAUCGAGGUUUGCGACUCUGGAAUAUACCGAGGUAUUUAUAAUAAGCUAGCAAGAAACAGUUGUUUUCAUAAUUUACAUCGUGGAAGCUGCCCGGGUGGACUAGACUCGCUUGGAGCAAAUGUUGGCUAAUUUUGUAGGCAGGGUUUACCAUCUCUCAUAUGAUGGCAUUACAGUGAUCGUCAGGUCUGUGUCAACAGUGGUUGAUUUGGUCAUUAAUACACCUGGCAUUGGUAUAUUUUGAGCCGAUCUUUUGUAUUUUGCCUAUUAUGUUUGAUCUAUUGACACCCUACUAUACUGUCUUUUAGAAUAACUGUAGGCCUAUGGACUACCAUUCUUAUUUAUUCAUUUUAAGGGUGUUUCCCAAUUGUUGGCGCUUGUGUUCACACACACAGUACACCAUUACUCUCCCGGUGUAGGCCCAACACAAUGGCCCUUUAGAUUCAACUGACAAUCAAGAGCUGUUUGAUUUGCACGAAGUCACAGAAGGAAAAACACCAAAUCGAAGUCCUUCUAGCACAUUCAUAGCUUAAGGUAUAGACAGCUGAAGCACAAAUUUGGCAUGCAUUGUACUUUGCUAAUGCCCAUUAAGGUGAAUUGGUUGUUUCUCUUCAUUUUAGAUGUUCUCAAGAAAGAGAACC